CACAGCGCCGUAGCAGUGACGUUUUGGAUGACACGCAUACAGGACAACUCAACCGACAAAUACAAAACAAGCUACGUAAUACCGGUUUGCAGUAAUGGUGAAAAUUGAAAUGAUGGCGAAAGACGGUGGUACAACAACAACAACCACCACCACCAAGACGAUAGGCAUUAAGAGCUCGUUCACCAUAGACAGCAUGCUUCCACAGAAGGAGAAGGAGAUCGAGGACAUGGUUGUGAACGAGAACGGGAAUCUACAUGACUCGGACGAGAUGGCGGAAAAAGUGCACGACAACGGAGAAACGAUGGAAAGCAACGACGAAAAUGCUAACCAUUCUGGAAACAGAGAGAGUGAAUCAAAGAAGGACGAUGGAAAUAAACAAACUGGGAGCAGUAAUGGAAGCAGUCCGCCUCGUAAUAAGUACGGUGAGAAACCCCCAUUCAGUUACAACGCAUUGAUCAUGAUGGCAAUACGACAGAGCCCUGAAAAGAGACUAACGCUAAAUGGAAUUUAUGAAUUUAUUAUGAAGCACUUUCCAUACUAUCGAGAAAACAAACAAGGUUGGCAGAACUCAAUUCGACACAAUUUAAGUCUCAACAAAUGUUUUGUGAAAGUACCGAGGCAUUACGAUGAUCCAGGCAAAGGCAACUACUGGAUGCUGGACCCUUCUAGUGACGAUGUCUUCAUCGGGGGAACUACGGGAAAACUUCGUCGUCGCUCAACGUCAGCUUCUCGUAACAGGCUUGCACAGUUGAAAAGACACCCACGGCUCCAUGGUGGUGGAUACCCUCUACAAAGUGAUAUUAAACCAUAUCCUAUGUAUUGGCCAGCAUCGCACAUGUUACCAUCGCUACCUCAGCACGCUGCUGCCAGCAAUGCUCUACGCUACACGGCAACUGCUGGCGGUCUUCACACUUCGCACUACAACAGCUUAUUUACACCAAGUCCAACCAUGAGUCGACCCCUUGGCAGCCACAACUUUUCAGUCGACAGACUCAUAGGCACAGACGCGUCAUAUGCGUCACCUCACCACCAGAACACUCUUUCACCGUCAGCUCAAACGCUGGCGUCUCUGAGAUCGGGACUCGGGGUUGCAACACCCACCACGUUCGGUCUGAGUAACGUUACAACGAGUGCUGUGCAAUCCGGCUAUUUCUACCCACACUUUCACCACGCACAGGCGGCAACGGCGGCAACUACUUACGACAUGUACUCCAGUCUAAGGGGCAUGAACGUUAGUCCACCAACCGCUUUCACUAGUACGAUAGCCGCACAGCCGAUGACCACGGCAAGUAGUCUUUUAACAGAUAACACAUUUAUAACAAACAAUUCAGCGAUAGGAACUGUGCAAGUGUUGCCAAGACCAAGUUAAAUUCAAAUUCAUGAUAACACCGGACUACUUGAAAGCAACUUGACACAAAACUCAACUAGACAAGGACAUUAUCAUAGCAAUAAUACACUAUAUAAUAGAUUUUUAUAAUAGAUUCAUCAUGCUGGACAACAAAUGCUUAUUUAUGGUUUGCAUGUUUUGUAUAUAUCUAUAUUAUAUAUAUAUAUAUUUAUAUUGUGAUUGGGAGUAUGUACAAUUUCUAGCGCUAAUUACAUUGGACACAUUCAUCGGGAGGGAACAAAUGUGCAAUUCUAUAAAACAUACUUUUACGAAUUUCGUCUUUUAUAUUUUAUUUCAAAUUGCAAACACAAUAUUUCGUCUCAGUGUUGGAAGCAUACCUGUUGCUAUUUGUGUAUUACAUGCAGUGUGGCUUGUUUCAGUUGGCUCCGUCAAUCAAGGACGCUGAAAUAAAACAUUUUGGCUUCCAUGAUUGCAUUUUGACUAUCUGUAUGUACAUAUUAAAAAACAAAACAAAAUGAAUUUUCGACAAAAUAACGAGUAUCUCAU